GAAGGAGGACUUCCGUCCGCGGCCGCCUCACCACUAAUGCUUGGCCGCAACGGGCGUCAUCGCUCCCGCUCCUAACGGGAACCGUAGGAAGCUGACACGUAGGUGCAGACCCGUCUGCGGGGUGGCCCAGACAGCGCAUCCACCCGCAGACCUCGAGGCCAAUCUCCCCACGCCUGGGCGCCGCCGCGGCUCGAGGGAGUUAGAAGAUAAAAAACCUUUCUAAUUCAUGAAGAAUCUGCACACCAAGAAGUGCACGUCAGGUUACGGGUGAAUUUCUGUCAAAAAGUGAUUAAACAGAGAAUGGAGAAAAAGGUUGCUUCCAGGUCUUUCAGGGAUGGUGCAGUUAAGAAACCUUAUUCUCCAAAGAUACUGUCCAACAAGAAGUCUUCUGCCUGCUCUGGGAUCCGGAGGGAGUUUCCUGUUACCAGUCAUCCAGUGCAGUAUCAUACUUCCCGGACUGGGACUCGACAGGGCCGGUUAAGAGAAUUGCGCAUCAGAUGUGUGUCCAGAAAGUUCUUAUAUUUGUGGAUUCGAAUGACUUUUGGAAGAGUAUCUCCCUCUAAAGCCAGGUUUUACUGUAGGCAGCGAACAUUACGGAAGGUCUUUGAAGCAUGGAAAGAAGAGUGGUGGGUCUCUCAUCAGGAGUGGAAGCUCUGUGUCCGAGCUGACUGUCACUACAGGUACUACUUGUACAACCUGAUGUUCCAGAACUGGAAGACCUAUGUGCACCAGCAGCAGGAGAUGAGGAACAAGUACAUCAGAGCAGAGGAUCAUGAUGCAAAGCAAAAGAUGCGACAGGCCUGGAAGUCCUGGUUGAUCUACGUGGUUUUUCGGCAGACCAAGCUUGAGAUGCAGAGCACGGCUGCGGAGUUCAGGCAGCAGAGUAUUUUACGGGUGUGUUGGAGAGAGUGGAGGCGGCGACUAGGACAGGCCUGCCUGAGCCGUGCCCUCCAUGCGUCAGCUGUGAAGCACAGGGCCCUGAGCCUCCAGCUGCAGGCUUGGUGUCAGUGGCAAGACCAGCUCUUGCGUAGCCAGAGGGAGAGACAGAAGGCGGUCUUCGCAGUGAAGCACCAUCAGGGUCGACAAAAGCGGAGGUUCCUAAAGGCCUGGCUUGAAUACCUGGAUGUCCGCAGAGCCAAGCGACAGAGGAAUGAAAUGGCCCAGCGAUUCCACCGCGCUACUGUGCUUCAGAUACACUUCUGUGAUUGGCAGUGGGCCUGGGAGCGGAGGCAAACCUUGUACAGCCAGCAGGCUGCGCUGGGGGAGCUGGCCAGGAGGAUGGCCCUGCACCGGGCCUUUGUGCGCUGGAAACACUACGUGCUGCUCUGCGCAGAGGAAGCAGCCCUGGCGGAGGUGGCAGAAGAGCGCCGCAGGCUCAGCCUGCUGAGCUGCGUUUAUGAUCGUAGCUUUUGCUUUAGAGCCCUGAAAGACAAUGUGACCCGUGCCCGUCUCCAACGAAUAAGAAAGAAUCUGGCUCACCAGCAGCACGACAUGACGCUGCUGCGCAGGUUCUGGGACCUCUGGCAGUGUCGGAUUGAGCAGAAGGAGGAAAGAGAGCAGCUCCCCAUGGUGUGCUCCGCCUGGGACCACUACAGGAUGACAUUGCAACACAAGUGUAUCAAGUCGUGGCUACAGUAUUCCCAGAAGAGGCGAUACAAGAAGCUGUUGCGAGCCAGAGCAGACGACCAUUUCCAGCACAGAGCCCUGCCCGCUGCCUUCCGCGCAUGGCACAGACUGUGGCGGUGGCGCCAGCAGGAACGUGUCCUCCACUCGACAGCAGUGCGUUUUCACAGGGAGACAUUGGAGAAGAGAGUGUUUUCUCUCUGGUGGCAGAAGAUGUUUGAACAGCGAGAAAACUGCCUGGCAGAGAGAAUGGCCAUCCUUUAUGCGGAACAGCAGCUUCUGCGUAGGUCCUGGUCCAUGUGGCGCCAGCAGGCAGCAGCCCAUCACCGGGAGCGGGAGUGGCAAGCAGUGGCCUGUGCCCACCACGGCCACGAGAGGCUCAGGAGAGCGUUCUGCAUCUGGAGGGGCCGUGCCUGGGGCCUGCGAACAGAGAGGACAGGCAGGGCCCAGGCUGUGGAGAUGCACUCGGCGCGGCUCCUGCACUGGGCCUGGAGCAGGUGGCAGGAGAGCCUGGCCCUGCGGGGAGCCGAGCGCUGGAAGCUGCUGCGAGCAGAGCUGCAUCACCAGCGUGCUGUGCUGCACCGGGCGCUGCGGAAGUGGCUGACUUACCGGGACCAGGUGCGGAGCAUCCUGCAGGAGGUGACAGCCAGGGAGAGGCGGCACCACAGGCAGCUGCUGCGGUGGGUGUUACGCCGCUGGAGACAGAACACCGUGGCCUCUGUGGAUGAAGCCAGGAAAACUUCCCAAGCAUCUGCUUACUACAGAAGGACCCUCUGUUCCAAGAUCCUGAUCCAGUGGCGGGAGGUGGCCUCUGUGCGGAUUUACUACCGACAGCAGGAGGCCUGUGCCAUCGAGGAGGCCCGGAAGGUGCUGGAGAGAGGCUGUCUGCGGACCUGGUUGCGGCGCUGGUGGGACUGCAGCCGGAGGGCAGCCCAGCAGAGGGCCCAGCUGCAGAGGGCGGCCCAGCACCACCAGCAGCAGCUGCUGCAGGACGCCAUGGCCCGGUGGAAGAGGCACCACCUGGGCUGUGUCAGGAAACAGCUGCUGCAGAGGCAGGCCACCCAGUUCCGGGCACAGAGGCUCAGCCAGGCCUGCUUCCAGCAGUGGAGACGGCAGUUGGAGGCCAGGAGGCAGGAGCAGCGGGCUACGGUGCGGGCCCUGUGGUUCUGGGCCUUCUCGCUACAGGCAAAGGUGUGGACAGCAUGGCUGGGCUUUGUGCUGGAGAGGAGGAGGAAGAAGGCGCGGCUGGAGCGGGCGGUGCAGGCCUACCGCCAGCAGCUCCUCCGGCAGGGCGCCACACGGCUACUGCGCUUCGCAGCUGACAGGAAGGCUGCCCGGCAGCAGCUGCAGGCCCAGCAGCAGGUCCAGGCUGCCCACAGUCUCCACCGUGCAGUCCGCCGCUGUGCCCUGCUCUGGAAACAGAAGGCGCUGGGCAGGGAGCCUCGGCCCCCAGCCCCCAACGCAUCCAGCAGGAGAGUGACAGCCAAGGGUCCCCUCCUCAACCACAUUGCUGGGGACGCCACCCGAGCCCCUCGGCCCGAGGGCACCCUGGGCACUGAGGCCCUGGCUGCUGGGGAGCCCUCCCUGCUGGAGCUCAGGGCUGCACACUCGGCGAGGAAGCAGCCACGAUGCCCACACUUCCUGCUGGAGCGCGUGCAGAGCCAUGCGUCCUCAGGAUGCGGCACCCUUGGGGGGCAGCGGACCGAAAAGCUGCAGGCGUGUGGCCUGGGCGUGACCCCACCAGCAAGCCCUUCCCGCACAAGGUCCUUCCUGCCUGGGGCCCUGCCAAGUGCCCCCAGCCCUCAGCUGCCCCCAGUGGCAAGUGCAGGCCCAGAGCUGCUGCUGCUGCCUCCCUCCUCCUUCAUGCCCCGCCGGGUGGAAGCACCAGCCAGGGUGUCAGCACAGCUGGACACCCCUGGGCUUAAAGUCCAGGCUCCGCCAGCCCUGACCAGCAUCCCUGACCCCCAUCUGCUCCUCCCGGGGGACUUCACGGGCACGAGGGCUGGGUCUGGUGCUGAAGCUGCAGGCCACGCUGACCUGGAGGCUGAGCUCGAGGGGAUCCAGCAGCAACUGCAGCACUACCAGAGCACCAAGCAGAACCUCAGGUCCUGCCAGCGCCAAGCAAGCAGCCUGCGCAAAUGGCUGGAGCUGAGCAGGGAGGAACCCCGGCGGGAGGACCAGGCUGAGGAGCAGAAGGUGCAGAAAGAGCUCGAGGAGGUGAGGUCCAGGCCAGCCCCGGGCCAGCCCCGGGCCGGGCUGCCCCUCAGCUGGCUCUGUCUCUCCUGCCUGCAGGUAGAAGUGCAAAUCCAGCUGCUGGCAGAAGAGCUCCGGGCCCAGCACCAGCCCAUUGGGGCCUGCAUCGCCCGCAUCCAGGCCCUGCGGCAGGCUCUGUGCUAGGCGUCUGUAAGAACAGAACACAAAGCCACAAUGGGUUU